CAGUGCCACCUCUGUUUCUGACUGGUUGUAAACAAAAACAAGGACAAUUUUUAAGUUUUUAUCAAUAUUUGACUGGGAGAACCACCGAAACCAUGUCCGACGAGUACGCUUGCGUGGCUAAGGGCAAACUCAAGCUGAAGAACGACUCAGAUCUGAAGAAGAAGAAAAAGAAGAAGAGCAAGGACAAGGAGAAGGAGCUGCAAAAAUCGUAUGUGGAGCAGCAACUGGCGGAGACGGGCGCCACCUCGUCUUCCGGCGCCAGUGGCUACGAGCGCAAGCUCACCAAGGCAGAGCUGGCCAGCAAGAAGCAGCAGGAGAAGAUGCGCAACAAGCGGAUAAUGGACAAGGCGCAGACCACUCACAAGGAGCGCGUCGAGAAGUUCAACGAGCAUCUAGACACCCUAACCGAGCACUUCGACAUCCCCAAAGUGUCCUGGACGAAGUGAGGCCAACGCACUCGUAACUUAAAGCAUACAUUUAUUAUUAGGUUAAGUAAUUUCGACUAUGUUGUGACCUGUGGGCGCGGGGAAAGUGAGAGAGAGGCCAAAUAAACAAUCCGGAUGGCACACAACUAAGCUAAA